AUGCCGAAUCCAGACUCUCCCAGUCAGUCUGACAGAGUGACAGUACUGCUGAAGAGAAGGGAUGAGCGUCCUCUUUCCUCCAUCAGCUUGUCAUACUCGGAUGUCACAACUGACUCAGACACUGAUGGUGAAUCUCAGUGUGAUGAGGACUGUGACCACAGUGUGAAACCUGUUCAGGACAAACGCCUGAAUCGUGUUACGGAUUGCGAAGUCCAGGACAUUCUGUCUCCCUCUGUGAGUGUACGGAAAGAGAACAGAGCCAAUCUGCGGAAGAGAGCCAGGCAGGCCCGUGCCGAAAGACACAAUUUCUUUAAAAUGUUUGAAAAAAUCCUGCAAGACCUGGAACGUGACGCAGACAUGGAGGAGAUCCCGAACACCAAACACGUCAAAGACGUGUCUGCUGUGAAGAUCCAGAGACAGGAUCUCUCUGAGAUAGAGAUCACUUCUGUGGUCCCCCUCUCCAUUGAGGAUGCCACGGACUCAACCCCUCUGACUCCUCCUACUCCCGAGGUCCUCCUCUUGAACCAGCAGGUCCCCCAGGCUCCUCUCAACUGUGUCACCGUUGGAGUUGUGACUCCUAGCAGGCCUGAGACUCCGCCUGCUGUGGGGUGUUUGCCCCACUCUCGUCUGCCACCAAUCACCAACUUGAGCACUGAUGCAAAGAAGCUGCUGCAAGGAGGAUUGGAUGAGCUCCAGCAGGAUAUGACGAAGCAGACAACGGGGAAAAAGAAGGCCAAAGCCCAGUCACACAUCCAACCACUGACUGUGGAGGAAGAUUCCAUUAACAACGGGAAGGAGAAGAAAAAGAAAAAUCCAACCAACUUUGAGAUCCAGAUGGCCACCGUUGUUGGCGAGAGCCCCCCCUCACAAGAUGGCCGCCAGGCUGCCACCCGGCCAGGGAGAGGGCGCUCCAGGCUGCCAGCCCCUCCUGCAGGCAGUCCAGAGAAGGAUGUCGCCUUCUCCGUCAGCAUGAGACACGCCUUCGUACCCUUCUCAGGAGGGAUGAUCCUAGCUGCAGAUUAUUCCCAGUUGGAGCUGCGGGUGCUAGCUCACCUCUCUAAGGACCGGCGCCUCCUACAGGUGCUGAACGGAGGGGUGGAUGUUUUCCGCUGCAUCGCGGCAGAGUGGAAGAACAUAACCCCAGAUGCUGUGAAGGACGGCCUCAGACAGCAGGCCAAGCAGAUUUGCUAUGGCAUCAUCUACGGGAUGGGAGCCAAGUCUCUGGGGGAGCAGAUGGGCGUGGAUGAGAACGAUGCUGCCUGUUACAUAGAGAGCUUCAAGGCCAGAUACACAGGGAUCCAGUCCUUCCUGAGAGACACGGUGAAGAGCUGUGUAAAAAAGGGCUACGUUCAGACACUGCUGGGACGCAGGAGAUACCUGCCUGGGAUCACAAACGGCAACACCUACGCCAGGGCACAUGCAGAGCGCCAGGCGGUGAACACCACUGUUCAGGGUUCAGCUGCUGACAUUGUUAAACUGGCCACUGUCAACAUCCAGCAGAGACUACAGGAAACCUUCCCUACUGCCCCCCUGUCACAUCAACACCCACACUCAGACAGGGGCCGUAGCAGGACAUGGCCUCGGGUCAGAGGGGCUUACUUCAUCCUGCAGCUGCAUGACGAGCUGAUCUACGAGACCACAGAAGAAGACCUCAUUCGGGUGGCUCAAAUAGUGAAGAGAGAGAUGGAGUCAGCAGUCAAGCUUUAUGUGAAGCUCAGAGCCAAAGUCAGGGUGGGACCCAGCUGGGGUGACCUCCAGGACAUGGAAAUAUGAAGGUGGGUUGAAAGUGGCCUUAGACAUACUGAAGUAGGACUUGACAGCUUUACACAAGUGUUGCUUUCUGUGUUUUUCUACGUAUAUUUCUGUGUGAUAGUCAUUUAUUCUCAACAAUAUACUGAAUGGACUGAAAUGUUUAACAUAUUUUAAAGUGUCAAGAUAAGUUUUAAUCUCUGCUGUUUACGAAUGAACUGAAUGUAGUAAUGCAUAUGUAUAUUUUUAAUCCUCUAAAUUGUGAUCCUGUGUAAAAGUUAUUUGUC